CCCAAGUCUAUUAAUUAAUAUUACUGUAUAACAAAGUGUCUUUCAUUAAUUGUUAAAUACAUUAUUUUUUGGAAAAAGUUUGACAAACUUAGUUCAUAAGUGCUUUAGACAACAUAAUUUACCGAAAGUGCAGCUUAAAACAUUAUUUUAGAAUAAGUAGACAUUAGUAAUGAGUUUAUAUCAUGAGUUUAAAUCAAUUCAUAUUCUUGUUUAUAACAAUAAAUCUUUUUUCGACAUUUGAAUGUCAAAUGUCAAAAGAACCUCGAUUGGAGAUACUUCCAAAUCAAGCAGUACAAAGACGUCCAGUUAAUAAACCUUUAGUAUUGACAUGCAGCCCUAAUGUGGAACAAAAAGAACUGAUCACCGACUUAAAAUGGAAAGACAGCUAUAAUAAUACCAUCAACCCAAAACAAUAUGGAUCUCAACCGCCUAUUAUCUAUACAGAAAGUUUAAACAUUAAUCAGUUAAUGCUCGUUAUCACGUCAUUGAGUGAGUCUUUGGCAGGGUAUUUCUAUUGCUCUGCAUCUUAUGCGAAUUCGGAAUAUCUAGAAGAGAAAGUGAAAAUUGAAACUUUUGUUGGCAUAACUUUUCGUGAUGCUCCUGAUUACCAAAAUCCAAUAUUAAACAGUGAUUAUGUAGUAAAAUGUAUGGUGACUGCAAGUCCUCCAGCAAGCAUAGACUGGAUGAGAAAUGGCGAUGCAAUAAAAUCGUCAGAAAAAUUCAUCAUUAAGCACGAUGGACUGUUAAUUACAAAUGUCCAAGAAUCAGACGAUGGAAUUUAUACAUGCAGAGCAGCUGUCAUACAAACGGGAGAAUUGGCUGAGAGAGCAAUUCGAUUAGAUGUACAGAUUAAGCCAACAGUUGAACCUUUAGAGUAUCGAUAUGAAGCCAUAGAAGGUGAAGAGUUUUCUGUUAAAUGUUUAGCAACAGGAAAACCACCUCCUUUAAUUCAAUGGAUUAAAGAUCAAAAAGACAUGUCACUUGCUGAUCGUUUUUCAGUUGUUCCUCAUAAUGGACAAAUGAGUAUCUCUCGAGUAGAUGAAUUUGAUCGUGGAGUUUAUAAAUGUAUAGCUAAAAAUAAUGCAGGAAUUGCAGAGGAAGAGACGAGAAUUGAUGUCGUUGUAAAGCCUAAAAUUUUCCAAUUAAUAAAUAUUACAGUUCCAGUACACGGUGAAUCCACGCUUGUAUGUAAAAGUCGUGGAUGGCCAGUUCCAAUAGUUACAUUCAGACGAUAUGGUUCAAUGGAUGAAUUUAGACAAGGAAGUCAAGGAGAUGAUGGUCGUAUUACUCUUGAACAAACUGUCGAUAAUGAGAUUUGGGAAGGAACUGGAACUUUAUUUAUCUCCGAUACGCAAAGAUCAGACGAUGGCUUGUAUCAAUGUGUUGCUCGAAAUAAGGGUGGAGAAACUUUUGGCUUGCCUCAUGGACAUAUAGCUGUCGAAUAUCCACCAAAUUUUGAUCACAUGAAGGAUCUACCACCAGUUUUUAGCUGGGAGGAACGCGAAGCAAACUUGAGCUGUAUGGCUAUGGCUUUUCCAAAUGCAACAAUUGAAUGGCGUUGGAAUGAAAGAUUAAUUCGUGAAAUGCAAGAUAAAUUUUUGAGAAUUGUCGAGGAUGGUCCAAGAAGUGAUCUUAUGGUUACACCUGCCAGUCGAACAUACUACUCAAACUUCAAGUGCAUUGCUGUGAAUAAAUUAGGAAGAGAAGAGCACAUAAUGGAAUUGAGAGAGGGUCGAUUGCCACCUCCUGUUGCACAAGCCAAGCCUAUCGAUGUUACAGCCACAACUAUUACUUUUGAGAUUAUUGGUCCUGCAUAUGAACCUGGACUUCCUAUAAAAUCGUAUACCGCACAAUAUAAAGAAGAACGAAGUCUGGAUUGGAGUCAUGCACUAAAUAGAACGUGGACACCAGAUACUCCUUAUGUCGUUGAGAAUCUUCGACCACAAACUAUGUAUACUCUUAGAUUUGCUGCUCGCAAUGAUGUCGGACUUGGUCAGUGGAGUGCAAUUCGAGUUCAAGGAACUCCUUCUAGAUCAGUGCCUCAAUCGCCAAAAAUAUUGAAUCAAUUCACACAUCAAGAAGAAGGUGAAAUUCCAAUUGCCAGUUCCGUUUACUCUGAUAAAUUUGAAAUGACUUGGAGUCGACCUCCUGAUAAUGGAGAACCAAUUGAUUUCUAUACCAUUAAGUAUUGUCCGGGAAGCAAAAUUAACAACGUAUGGAAUGAAAUUGGAAAUAUGUGUAAUGAAAUCAACUACAUUGCUUAUACAUUUUCGAAUCAAGUUUUGAAGGACUUAACGCCAGAUACAUAUUAUCAGAUUGAAUUAAGGGCGCACAAUGCUAUUGGAUUUUCCUUGCCAACUCAUAUUUACAUGAGAACUGCCAAUGGAGAACUGAAAAAGGAACUAACUGAGGAAGCACGCAUUACUAUAUCCUCAUUUACUAUCAUAACGAUUUCAAUUGUUGGAAUUAUAUUGCUUGUAAUUCUCAUCGAUUUCUUAUGCUGUGUGACCAAUAAUAUGGGAAUAAUUGCAUUAAUUUUCCAAAGAAAGUCACACGUUGGGGCUACGAGAUUAGAAAGAGAUGAACGUCGAGUUUUGACAAACGGACGAACUGAAAAGAGAGAAUUAAUUCAUUUAAAUCAAAGACAUAAUGACGAGAUAAUAGGAAAACAUUCAGCAGUAUAAGAUAAGUUCCUCAAAUUCAGCCAUCAAAUCACCCUGCUUAUUCAAAUCUAUUGGUCUUGACAACUGUACAGAAAGAGAUAAAAUAAAAGACAAAAAAAUUAUU